AUGCGAACAAGUUGUUUAGGACCCAAAUUGGUUCUAAGUAGAGCUUAGGUUGAGAAUCAAGAAGAUAUCCCUGAUGAGCCUGAUGACUUUGAGCCAAUUAUCAUAUAAAGGAAGAAAAUUAGAUAUAAAUUAAGCCGGAGUGAUCGAUAUGAUAGUCAAGGGAGAAAGAUUGCAAAAGGCAGCAGAUAUGGAAUUAACUUCGAAUCUUUCAUCACAGUUUGCGUUUUCGAGCCAGAUGAUGAAGUAGUUUAGAUUAAGGAUACUUUAUAAUUGUGUACCUAAGCGAUAGAUAAAGAGAAAUUAAACCCGCGGCUUGAUCAAAAGUUCAAAGAAGAGCAAACAGAGAAUGAAGUUAUCUUAUUUUCAAUUCUUAAAUAAAGCAAAGAUAAAUGA